UAAAAGUGAACUACUCCUUUAAGGUGCAUGAAAUCCAUUUAGACCAAAUCUCAUGUGAAUAUGUAUAUGUCCAUUCUGUGAAUGCUAUUCUUAUUCUCUCACAAUUUCAUAUCUCUGUUCAAAGUAAAUCAGAUUUAUAUUCCACAGCCACUUGUGCAUAUCUACAUUCAGAGCACAUUUAUAAACAAUAAGGACAAUCUUUUUAGGACAACCAUCUGAAAAGCAUAAGACAUGAGAAAAAGUUGACAUUUAAUCUCAUUGCAGUCAAGGAGAAAUGAUUGAGAUCUCAUUUGUGAGGUUUUAUAAAAUGCAUCAGAGAAAAUGCAGUGCAGGAGCUCCACCCACCUGUGUGUGGUACCUGCUCAGGUGCUCAAACAAUAAAAGGACUGUUCACUCUGAUAAAGAGGCACUUUCUCCAGAGUCCAGAACAUUAGUUGAUGUUGACUCAACCCGCUGGCACAGAUCACACGCUGAAGGAUUACUCGUCUUCAAAGAUGAUGAAGAUUAUACUAAGAGCCUUCACCACCUUAGCUGUUGGUUGGAUUGCACUUUUCAUGGGUGUAAAGUCUGUCAAUAUCUCUGCGUGGGAUUCCCCAACUGAAAGCACAGACGCCUUGACUCCACAUGCUUUAACUUCAGUUAUCAUGGAUCUCAGGAUCACUAACCGUGUUUAUAAUGACUCACUGGCUGACCAGCAAUCAGCAGAGUAUACAACACUCAAGCAAGAGGUGGAACGACUGUUUGAAGAUAUUUAUGCUCCACCAUUUAACACCACCCACCUGAUAUAUUUGGGGACAGACGAGAUGAUCUUCAGUAACGGGUCUGUGAUCGCCACUUCUCGACUGUUGUUUGGUCCGACCCAAGUCAAUCCAGAAAUUGUGAGAGACAUCUUUUUGCCUGCGUACAAGCAAAUUCCAUCGCCGGCACUAGAGAUCGACGUCAGCUACAUUGAAAAUAAACUAUCUACUGAAGAACCUUUUGAAGAAGAGAACAACUUCAUCAGUCCACCAACGACAACACACAAAGGAACACCCUUUACGACCACGCCCUCCAUGGCCACGCCUCUCAUUUCCACUCCUGAGAUCAUAACGGAAGACGAAUCCCUCACCAGCCGCCUUCCGUCCACACACACACCCAACAUGUCCACCUCUGUUGUUGUGGGAAACAUCACACACUUAAUCCACUCCACACCCUUUAACACCACCACAAUGCACCCAAACACCACAACCAACUUAUUAAUGAAUAAUGCAAGUAUUUCUGCAGCACCCAACAGCACCACCAAUGGAGUAACUAAUGGGACCACCACAGCAGCACCCAUUGGUACCACCACUUUACCUUCUAAUAGCACCACCACCACUGAAACCAUCACUACAGUCCCAAAUACCACCAUCACUGCAACCCUAAAUGGCACCACCACUACUUCCCCAAAUAACACCACUACACCCCUCAUGUCCACCUCCAUCCACAUCACUGCUGUGAACCCGACAUUCAGCUCCACUCCAUUUCCAACAGCACAGCCCUCGAAGACCACCACGCCUGUGAAUUACUCAUCUACCACUGCCUCCGCUCUGGUGCCGGGAUGGGGCGUCGCCCUCUUAGCGCUGGUGGCUGUCAGUCUCUUCCUCCUCAUCAUCCUCAUCAUUCUGGUGGUGCUCUGGUGCUGUUGUCCAAAACGACGAGUUUUCGUGAAUGAACCUGAAGAGAUGAGUCCUCCCAUGUACUUCAACCCAGACAUCCCCAUGUACUCAACGCAAAGCACGUUUGAUACAGCCAACGGCAAACAAGCGGACGCCAGAGAAAAACCCCCGAAAAACCGGACAGGAAUGUACGUGGUGAACAAAUGAUGGACACAGGUUCUCUGACUCCCCAACACUGUCACUCCUUCUAUGUGUGAAGAACAAGACCUGAGGAAAACUGUUGGAAGAAUAACUGUCAUACAGCCGGC